CUUUCUGCCUGCACUCCUCACCUUGAUUCAUUACUGUAACAAAUUGAUAUUCUGUGAAGUUAUGGAUGGCUUUUUUUGCAUGCAUGGUCCACUAUUAAUCAAUGCUCCACGAUUGUAGCGAUUUACACUAGAAAUUUGAUAUGUCCUGAAAGCAAUGGAUAAAAAUUUGCAUGCAUGGCCAGAUAUUAAUUCCACAAUUAGAAGUGAUGUUAUUGCAGCAUUUGGAUUUGGCAGGAAAAAUUUGCUAAAAAUGACAGUAUUAUACAGAAUGCCCAACCUUGGGCUUGUCUUUCACAUCUGAACUCAGGGAAGAUGAUGCCAGCACCUCCAACCCCUAGGACUGAAAAGUUAGAAGGAUUGUCAAUGCCGGGAACUGGACUUCACAAAACUGUUUUGAUAACCGGGGUGAGCAGGGGGCUUGGUAGAGCACUCGCCUUAGAGUUGGCAAAGCGAGGUCACACCAUUGUCGGCUGCUCCCGUUCUCAGGAUAAGCUCAGUUCUCUUGAAGACGAGCUCACAUCUGCCUCCACAUCAUCAUCAUCGUCUUCUCAAGGCAAACAUCUAAUCAUGAAUGUUGAUGUGAGGUCAAACAGCAGCGUUGAAGAACUGGCACAUGCGGUUAGGGAAAAGAAAAGCAUUCCGGAUAUUUUAGUUAACAACGCAGGAACCAUUAAUAGGAACAAUAGGCUAUGGGAGGUACCAGUGGAAGACUUUGAUAAUGUGAUCGAUACAAAUGUGAAAGGAGUAGCAAAUAUGAUGCGUCACUUCAUUCCACUUAUGCUUGACAGGAAGCAGCAAGGUGUUAUUGUUAAUUUGUCUUCGGGAUGGGGAAGAUCGGCUGCUGGACAGGUGGCCCCAUAUUGUGCUUCAAAAUGGGCUAUUGAGGGUCUGACAAGAUCGGUAGCAAAGGAGUUGCCAACUGGACUUGCCAUUGUCGCUCUUAGCCCCGGCGUUGUGAACACCGACAUGCUUCAAUCAUGCUUUGGCACUUCUGCCUCACUCUACCAGACACCCGAAGCCUGGGCUCCAAAAGCAGCAACGAUGAUACUUAACCUUACGGUGGCUGACAAUGGAAUGUCUCUUACUGUUUGAAAGUCGUGCUUUUGCAACACACUGUUUAGGAAUGGACGCUAUUGUAGUCCGAGAGUUACCCCUUACACUUUAGGCCCUUCAGGGUGAUCUGUGUGUAACCGGAGUAUGUAAUUCUCAUUUUUACUGCUGGUAAACUUUUGUGUGUGUGUAGGAGGAGCAUUAUUUUGUGAGGGCAAACUUGGAAAUUGAAUAUUAAGUGCACCCUCAGUUUGUUUGAAUCUUAUUGCAUCAGUAGCCAUUAGCUCUUUGAGACUCACUCUCCUGGAACUACCUAAUUAGCAAAGAAAACUGAUUGGUGUAA